GGCACGUGGUAAUUCUUAUUGUCCGACCACCAUCACCCGCCUCAACCGUCGUUGUCGUUGCUCUUCAUUCGUUGUCUCCUAGAUUCAAUUCAAGAAUAACAUGGGUAAUGAUGGAGGAAGUAUCCCUGAUCGUCGCGACCUGGUCAAGACAAAGGCAAAGGCUGAACAGGCUGACAAGGCCAAUCAGACCAGAGCUCGAUGGUUCUUCUGCGCUUUGUCCAAGCGACCUCUCCAAGAGCCCAUAGUCUCUUGCGCUUUGGGAAAGCUGUAUAACAAAGAUGCAAUAUUAGAGUAUUUGCUUGACAAAUCUACAUAUGGGGAUGGCGAGAGGAUAUGUGGUCAUAUCAGGUCUCUGAAGGACGUCAAAACCCUGAACUUGACUCCGAACCCUGCACCUGCUUCUGGGUCAACGACAGCUGAGCGCAAUGAUAAAGCAAGAUUCAUAUGUCCAUUGUCAUUAAAGGAGAUGAGCGGUUCUCAGCCGUUUGUCUACAUUUGGACUUGCGGAUGCGUCUUUUCUCAGGCCGGUUUGAAGACCAUGGGCAAGUCCAAGGAGAAGGAAGAACAAGACGGGGAAACUUCCGAGCUAGAUGUCUGCCCUCAGUGCGCUGCCAAAUACACUCUCAAAGAUGACGUUCUGUUCUUGAAUCCCUCUCCGGUGGAAGAAGAGAAGAUGCAAGAAGCAAUGGAGCGUCGGAGGCAGCUUGAACCUGUUAAAACCAAGAAAACGAAAAAACGGAAGAACUCUGAAGAUGACGGAGAAGUUGCGAAGAAGAAGAAGACGACAGCACCACCGCCUGCAUCCAGCACCAAUCCCUCCAUUGCCGCUGCCAGUCGUGCAGUCAUCAGUAGCCUUGCGAUGGAAGAGGUGAAGAGGAAAGCCAACAUGAGCGAUGCUGUCAAGUCGCUCUAUGGUGAUGGGACGCAAAAGAGGACAGAGACCUUCAUGACUAGAGGAACUUUUACACGAUAUGCUUAAUGUACCUUUUCUCUCCGGAUGUGUAUCAUAUUCUGUGCUGUAAUACCACCUUCGAAACCGUCCGCUAUAAUCGCUCAGCAUACCUACCAAUUGACCC